CUGGAGAAAACAGAACAUUAAGCCUCCUAACUUUGAAGAGAUUCUUUAUCUACUGAGUGAUUUGCAAGAUGAAUAGCGCCCUUAUCCUUCUGGUGGCCGUUGGUCUUUCCUGCUUGAUGGCAGUCCAAGCAACCUCAUUCGGCGUUCUAGCCGGCCUAGGAGCCUUGACGAGCGCUAUAAGCAAACGGAGAUAUCACGGUGCAAGCCAUGGACGCGGCCAUGGCCAUGGAUAUAGAGCUCCUAAAAGGAAGUACCGUCUCCGCUACCGCCGCUCCGUCGCAACAGCUGAUGAGGAAGAUGACGACCUGAUUUUAUCCGCAGUAGGACAGCUGGAUACCGACACCUGCAUCCCCAAGAUGUUUUGCGUCCUGCAAACGAAGGAUGAAUCCGAUCGUACACAGAAAGAGAACAUGCUUGUGGAAAUCUUAAGCGAUAAUACCAUGAACCCAAACUCCUACAACGCUGCCUUCGUCUACGCUAGAGUCGUCGCCACUAAGGAGAAAGACUCCUCCGUCUGCAAGAAGGUUUUCCCCAAAUGUUCACUUGGUGAGGAGGAACUGAGUGAGCUCUUGGAUCUAGCAUGGGGCUGUGACUGCAGCUCUGGAGGGAAAGAGUAAAGCUAGCAGCUAAAACUCAUUGUCGCAUCUGUUGGCAUCUUCCUAUGGCUAGAGCCACAGAAGGGUGACAAGGUGUUUCUCUCUCUAAUGUCCGUUGGACAGCGAAAACACAUAUUCACUGAUGAGUCAUACUGCAAAGAGAAAAUCUCUAAUUGCGAUAUGUCCUGUUAGUGUACAUACAUUAUACACAAAUAUUCUGUGUCUUUAAAUAGAUAAUAUUUAUUUGCUUCAUGCCUGCGAAUAUGCGAGUGGUUGACCCAAAGACAGAUAUUUUAUUUUUUACGCCAAAUGCAGUAUUGUUAUGACAGCCUGUUCUUAUCAUGCUGAAUUGCUGAUGACUUUAGACAAAUAAAUCUAAAUAUAGUUUCUAGAA